UCUUCCCCUGCCGCUACCAGCGAAGAGAAAAGUCUUGAUUUUUGUACCUCUUUAGUGAGUAUCAAACAUGGAUGGUUUCCAAGCAAUCCUAAAAUUCUUUAUGAACCAGAAAACUGCGAUAGGUUACAGUUUCAUGGCGCUGCUGACAAUGGGAGGUGAACGUGUGUUUUCUCUUGUUGCUUUCAGAUGCCCCUGCAGCAACGAAAACUUCAGGUACGGUUUGGUAUUUCUCUUCUCCCCAGCUUUUGUUCUGCUAGUUAUUGGAUAUUUCAUGAACAGCAAGACCUGGAAACUCUUUACAGGCUGCUGGGUGAAUCCCAGGAAAAUAUUCCCCAGGGGGAACGUCUGCCACUUCUUUUAUGUCUUUGGACAAAUCACUUUAAACGCUCUGGUAGCCCCAGUGAUGUGGCUGUCCGUGGCUUUGCUCAACGGGACUUUUUAUGAAUGUGCCAUGAGUGGCUUGAAAAAUCCUGCCUACCUACAUGCAGUCUGCAACAGCAAAUCUGCACAGUGCUUGGAAGAACUGCACAAGGUAGCCUGUGGCAAAAGCUCCAUGCCGGCUGCGGAGAGCGACGAACUGAAACGAACUCUUCAAGCACAGUCCCAGAUUUUAGGCUGGUGUGUGAUAGUUACCACAGCUCUUCUCUCCCUGCUAACCACUUGUUGUGCCAGCUGCCAGUCGAAAGUCAGCCAUCUCCAGCUGAUGUUUUGGAGGGUGUAUGCACAGAAGGAGAAGGAACAACUGGAGCAGAUUUUCCAGCUGUAUGCCACCAAGCUGAGCGAGCGAAACCUGAAGUGCUUUUUUGAGAACAAGGAGCCAGAAGCAAUUCCCCUGCCAGAUUUUCAGGCAUGGGAAGAUGCUUCCCAGCUCCAUUCCUUCAGCAGCAGCAAACAGCAUUAUAGCACAAUUCACAGGCUAGUUGAAGAAGGCCAUAAAGAAAUCAGUGAGGAAAGAGAGACAAUGCUGGACUUUGCAGACAGAAGGGACAUACCCUAGACUAAAUAUAUUUUCAGGGGUUUUAUAUCUUGCUAAUGCAGAAUAAUUCUAUCUGGGUCCAUCUCCAUAUCUUUUCACAAUGGCCUCUUUCUUCUUUACCAUGUUCCUUCCCUGUUACAAACCUGUCCCAAAGGGAUAUAAUGAAACUAUUUUCCUACAUCAGUGAAAAGGCUGCAGUCCUCCACAGCACCUAAGGUUCAAGCUGACUCCAAAUCAAGCACUGACUGCAAGAAGACAUCAAUAAUGACUUCUACAAGAGGGUUUUAACAAUAACUUAUGUAAAAAUGUGCUUGCCUUAUGUAAAUGAAGAGAAUUUCAUAAAGUAACACCACUUAAAAGUGUGUGAAUGUAAUAGUAAAAGAUGUGUGUGGCUUUCUGACAGCCCACAGAAAGUGAAGGGUUUGCUUCCAGAUAAUUUGCAGGUACAGUGCUGUUUUGAGGCACCAGUGGUCAUGGAAGGCAUUUCAGUGUCUUUGGAAUCCUGUUGCACCUAGAAUGUUACAGAAGGUCAUGGUGAUCAGCCCUGGUGUUCUAGUCCCUGAAAUACCUUGCCUGGGAUAUGGGGCAGUGACCUUCAUCGACAGUGAAGUGGCAGGUAAUUUUGUUUUAGACAAAUCUUAGAGUAAAGCUGUAGGGCACCAAG